AUGCCUGAGCUUUACCCCCAGAACGGCACCUAUAUCAUCUACAAUCGUGUUCAAAGUCCUCAAGGCCAACAACUUGCCUUGACGUUCAACGGCGACCGCCAGGACAUUACUGGCACACCACUCGAUGCUAGCAACACCAAGCAGCACUGGGUUCUUCGGCGAUAUGGCCCCGACAGAUUUGGCGGCUCUGUUUAUGAGCUCAAGCCCGUCGACAACCAGAAUCUUGAGGCUGGAGGCUCUAACAAGGGGACUAUCAUCACUCUGCCGUUGGCGCCUAUAAUCAAGAACGGAAACAGACAAUAUCCGUGGACCUUCAGCCCUGCUUCGGAUGGGUCUCCCGUUACUUCGGUCAGUGAUUCUGUCGACGAGAAGCAGCGCUGGUGGUUCCGACCCGUUUGA